GCAGAUGGUGGUAAUGGCGGGGAUUCCGCCUGCUCGUUCGCUCCUUCCAUCGUUACAGGAGGGGAGAGAGAUAAAAAAGAAACCGCCUUUCGUGGAGGAAGCAACGGUCGCUGCAGCAACUCACAUCCGGAGGCCGGAGAAGAAUCGCCGGGGAAUGAACGAGACGACCGUGCGAAAUGGGGAUUCUUGAACUCGUUCUUCUCGGCGGCGGCGACAAGAAGGAAGAGGAGGCGGAGAUGGAGGGCGACCUCGCCGCUUCUAGUCCCAUCCCCAACCUCUCCUCCGUCGCCAGUUUGGUCAUCCGUCGGUGCUCCAGGAUUCUUCUCCUGUCAGUGGAGCAGCUGCAGCAGUCUUUUGAAGAUGAGCUACCUGAUCAUUCGAAUCAACCAACGUCUUAUGCUAGGAACCUAGUGGAGUACUGUGCUCACAAGGCUCUUCGUGUGGAAACUCAGCGGCCAGAUCAUCUGGCUGAUAAGGGUUUUUCCCUAUUAACUUUUGACAUGAUGCUUGCAUGGGAAGCACCUGAUACGGAGACUGAAUUCCUACUCGAUGAAAAUGGUUUCUCUAACUGUCCAGAAGUUGAUAAUGACGACGAGGGGUCAUUAUUUUAUGCAAGUGUGACGAGAUUGGCUAGUCAGAUUGAUGGCAAGAAGACUGUUGGACUGGAAGCUUUUGCCCAAAUAGUUUCUGCUUGUGCUUUAGUAGCAGAUCCAAUCACUGUGCACAAUCUCUUUGAUGCACUUACUAGCUCUUCAGGUGGCCGACUCCACUUUCUUAUAUAUGACAAGUACCUCAAAAGACUCUACAAGGUUCUGAAAUCAAUGAAGCAUAUAUAUGGACGACCACAGAGUUUCAAUUUUAGCCUUGCUGAUGGAGAAAUUAUCUUAGAAGUUGAUGCUAAAUCUAUUCUGCAGCACACCAGAAUAUCCACAAGGCCUGGAAGGCUGACACUCACCAGCCAUGCCCUAUAUUUUGAAGCAUCAGGCAUUGGUACGUCCAAAUAUGACUUGUCCAAGGACUUGAAGCAGGUGGUAAAUUGUGAGUUAACUGGGCCAUGGGGUGCUCGCUUCUUUGAUAACGCCAUUAUAUGCAAGUCGGAUUCUGUAGUCGAGCCCAUUGUCUUUGAGUUUAGUGGUCAUUCCCACAGAGACUACUGGUUUGCAAUCAUUCAGGAAGUCCUGCGUGCCAAUAAAUUCAUAAGGAAGUACAAACUAAAAAGGUUUCAAAGAGCAGAAUCUCUUUCUAAGGCAGCUCUAGGUAUCUUUAGAUCUCGUGCUGUGAAAGAAGCUUUUCAUGGCAUGCCCUCACAUUUUAAGAGCAUACUUCCUUUUAACUUGGCUGAAAAGCUUCCAAAAGGUGACAAGAUUUUGGAAGCUCUAUAUAAUCACUUGGAGCUCAUGCGGAUCAGAUUUCAAAACCAUGAUGGCCUUGUCACUGCAUCUUAUGAAAAGCAAUUAACAGGUCCUUUAUCAGAUUCAUUAUAUACACUUACAAGAAUGGGCUUUUUGUUACUAAAGAAGGAAGAUAAUCCUGAAGAAAAUGGUGUUUUGGUUGGUAAUAUCCAUGUUGGUGAGACAAGUCCACUACAAUUGGCCAUUAGAGAAUCAGUUCGUUACUCUGGCAGAGUUGAAGAAGCACGUGCAACAUUAUAUCAGGUCAAAGUGGAGGAUAUAGAUACAAAUUUAGCUGCUAUUAAGGAUCUACUUUUUCCUUUAUUUGAAAUUGGCAAACUACUCCAUCUUUUAGCUGCAUGGGAAGAUCCUUUUAAAUCAAGAGUCUUUUUGUUUUUGAUUCUGUAUAUCCUUUACAGGGGUUGGGUCAGGUACAUCUUGCCAUGCUUUUUCUUAUCUGCUGCUGUUUACAUGUUCUGGCAUAAGCACCAUAGCGGUGGAAAACCAAUUCAAGUAUUCCAAGUUACACCUCCUCCUAAUCGGAACCCUGUUGAGCUGUUAUUGAUGUUACAAGAAGGUGUUUCUCAGCUUCAAACAAAUGUUCGGACAGGAACCAUUUCCCUUCUUAAGCUAAGAGCUCUUCUUUUAGCAGCAUUUCCAAAGACAACCCAGAAAGUUGCUAUUGCCAUGGUCAUUGUGGCAGUAGGAUUCACCCUGGUGCCUUUCGGCCACAUCCUCACUCUGGUGCUUCUGGAGUUAUACACAAGAAAGAUGCCAGUGAGGAGAGAGAGCAGUGAGAAGUUGGUGAGGAGGAUCAAGGAGUGGUGGAAUCGAGUUCCUGCUGCCCCUAUCCAAAUCGCAAGACCUGAAGAGCACAAUAGUUCAAGAUGAUGCCAUAAACCAUUACAAUUUUGGUGAUCACUUGCAAAUGCUUUCUUUGCCAUAGUACCUAAGUCUUGUCCAUUCUUUGGUCUUUGCACUUUUUCCGAAUGGCAAAUCCUACCUUCAAUAAAGAGCUAAGAGAAUGCUGCCGAUGCCAGUGCAUGAGGGCUUUAAAUAAUUAAAUCAAUGCUAACUUGGAUGAAUGGUACUGACACACCUUCUUUGAGUGCAGAAUUCUUGAAAUUAAGAGCUGUAUAUUAGAAUCGAUGCUGAUUCUAAUAUACCUAUAAGGUUAAG